ACACUACCAACCGAUCGAUUCCCGUGUGACCCCCACGAGGAGAAUCGGAUCGCCUCUCCCCACCCACACUCCCUCUCCCGUCAUGGCCGCCCCCGUUCGGCGUCUUCGCUCCGCUGCGGAGUUUGAGGCGGCGCUGAGGGCGGCGGAGGCGAAAAUCGUCCUCGUCGCCUUCACCGCACACUGGAGUGCCCCUUGUCACGCUGUCCCCUCUCUGCUGAGCCAGCUCAGUUCCAGCUUCCCCGGCGUCGUCUUCCUAGAGGUGGACAUCGACCAAUGCCGGACGCUGGCCACCACUCACGGCGUCGUGCUACCGAAGUCCUCGGCGGCGUCGUCGUCGUCGUCGGCGUCGCCCGGGCGGAGCGAGGAGGCGGCGGAGGCGGCGGAGGCGGUGGAGGCGGUGGAGGCGGUGGAGGCGGCGGGGGGCUCCCUCCCGGCGUUCGCCCUCUUCAGGCAGCGUGUCCGCCUGGAGACGCUGGGCGCCCCGCCGCCGGCGGCCCUGAGCGAGAGGAUCCGGCGGCUCGUCGCUCCUGCACAGGAGGAGGCAGAGGCCACCGCCGCGGCCGCCUCCACCGCCUCCACCGCUGCCUCCACCGCCUCCUCCGUCGUCACCGCGGCACAGCAGGAGGCAGACCCCACGGAUAUCCCUCGUGGAUACGUGGAGCUGAACGCGUUGGUGAACCUGGCCGGCUGCGAGUGCCUCAACAGUAGCGAUGAGCACGGCCUGGAGAACUCCCUGGCCAGAGACGACUCGUUCCUGGAGUCCGACUGUGACGAGCAGCUCCUCAUCUCCAUGGCGUUCAACCAGCCGGUGAAGCUCUACGCUCUGCGCAUAAUCGGACCAGGCGAUGGCCACGCUCCCCGCAGCCUGAAGAUCUUCAUCAACCAGACGCGCUCCAUGGACUUUGACGAGGCGGAGCGUUGCGAGGCCACCCAGAGCCUGCAGCUGUCGCCCGAGGAGCUCACCGAGGAUUCCAGCGUCCAGCUGCGCUACGUCAAGUUCCAGCACGUCAACAACGUCACCGUGUUUGUGAAGGACAAUCAGGGAGGAGAGGACACGACCAGAAUCUGCUACCUCUCCUUCAUCGGCACGACGGUGCAGGCCACCAACAUGGGCGACUUCAAGAGAAUUGCUGGCAAGAAGGGCGAGAGUCAUUAGCGGUCGGGCCACAACGUGGCGAGGGAUUCUACUUUGGUGGUUUCUUUGGGGGGGGAGCACGCAUUUGUGAGUGUGAGUGAGAGUGUGUAUGCGUGUGUGAGUGUGUGUGUGUGUGAGUGUGUGUGUGAGUG